AUGGACUAUUCUAGACGUCAGUCGGAGCUGGGUGCCGUGGUCCCGGUGCUGUUCCUCAACUCCAACCUGGGCACGCCGCUGCUGCCUCACACCCUGGAAUGUGCCGACUUCAAAGCUGCCCUGGAGGCAGCUGAAGACGAGAAUGACAAAAGCUUGCUGAACAAAUGGUACAGUCUGGACAACAGCACAACUCCGCCCUGCUACAGGCUGGUACGCGGUGCGCCGGCGCGCUGGCGCCGCGAAAUGGCGCGUGCGCUCAGCGUAUUGGUACGCACGCUGCCGCAGGAGGCCUGCGACGCUUAUCUCACCACAGUGUUAGAACAGGAGGUGCAGCACACGGUGCUGAUGAGCGGCGAGGCGGCGCGGCGCUGCGUGUGGGUGUGUCGCGCGGGCGCGGCGCCGGACGCCGACGCCGACGCCGACCACCACCGCGAGUUGCAGCGCCGGCUCGCCAACCUGCAGAAGGACCUCAAGGUACUCCUGCUUUAA